GUGACCGAAUGAAGAUAUUGCUCACCCAUGGAAGCUAGAUGACUAGUGGAUUCACAGGGCUUUGCAAGGUAUGAUAGAACAUAGGCUUCCUACGACCGACAUUGACAUAGUACUUCCAUGGACCCCUUAAUAUCCUAGGAAAAGAGAACCUCCGCAAUGAUCUCUGUCUUCUGUUGUCAGCUCCUAUCACUUUUACCGGAUCUUUGCGCCUGCUACAGGAGGGCAUGUCAGGUUUUUUGACGCCUCCCUACCAAUCUCUGCUAAAGCGACCUUACGGGGGAGGGCAAAUAUAGCCGGUCAUCCGUCAGUCUUUGCCAGGCCUAGACUCGAUGGUCCCCGCUGCACGAGGCCUCCCUCAAAUCCGUCGUUUGACUCAGGCUGCGUUCACAUUCGUGCGAAUCGCCUCAACUCUUAUGUGUCUCCUAGAACUCAUAUUUUCCCUUGACUUCUACUUCUCCCGGAACAACUUUGGUGUCUGACGUGCCGACUGACAUUUCUGAUAACGUAUGACCAGGUCCACGGAAUGCAGGAUCGGUUCACACUUCGUUUUGCCAUUUCCUUCCUUUUUCCUCGGUGACAGUUUCUGUGGGAUAUUGUUUGGUGCAAUGAGCUAGGACUUGACUUCCCCGUGCCAUGCUUUCUGCGCGUGUGGCUAACAUCGUGGAGCGGUGAAAGCUUUCUGCACGUGACCACGUAAUAAGGGUGUUGUCCCAGAAAGUUAACACUUCCUUUGUGGCACGAGGCAAGGUGCGGAAGGAUAUGAAUAACCCCGUGUCAGCCACGGCAAAGUUUUCUUUCUCUUAGGGUAUCGUAUCCCUCGUCCGUGUGCAGGCAUACAGCGACCCGUCAGUGGUUUCCCCCUUUGCGUGCAGGCAAUUUUUUCUUCCACUACCCAUUACACCAGUCGACAUCCCUGAAGUAGAAUCUCGUCUAAUUCCGCCUCAAUACCGCUGUAGCCUUUAUAUGCGACACCUUUAAUCGAGAUACUCUGGAAACCAAGAUGGAUAGUCCUGUGUCGUCUGUAGCCCCAAGUGCCUCACGUAGUAGGAGGAGUAAACUCUCUCUUUCGCUCGAUAGCAUCAGCAAUCUCAGUACUGCAGCAACUAGUGUGAGCAGCCUGGAUCACCGCUGGUCGGACGUCGUCCCUCCAAAGUCUGCUUUGACUUUUGCAGCAGUAUGGGACCCGAAAGAUGGGAUGGUUACUUUUUCUGGUGCGCGCCUACUGGAUGCACGCGAAGACCACGACCUCGACAACGGACCGCCCUCACUCGCCGACCUUUGUGAUGACGAGCGCUCUCAAAUGCUUUCGAUGGACCCCUUCGGCGAUGUGUCUAGCGAAAACACUGCAACGCUUGCGACAUUUCAAGAUGUUUUCAAGUCUUUUUUGCAUCGUGUGCCAAAGAAUCCCAGGCAAUUUCUUCGUCAUCGACGUAGUCAGACAGUGGCCUCUUCUACAUUUAAUGGGCUUGAUGUCUAUACAGAAGAUAUGCCUUUGGCGAUGAAUCGUAGAAUCGCUUCGCAAUAUUCUCGCUUCGAUCAAAUAGAUGGACAGCGAUCAUUUCUGCCUCACUCCGCUUUCAAGGAUACCGAUUCAGAUUCGGAAUCCAUGUCAGAUGGGGACUUCGAAGAAGAAGAAUAUUCACAAGGCCGUAAUUUGAAGUCGCGCUUCUCUACAACAACCACCUCUACAUCUAAUUAUAUCGAGGUAGAACGGUUUAGAGACAACAGUAGCUUCGCCUUCUCUGCUUGGACCGCCCUAGACGCACCAUCUCUCAGUAUACCAGAAUGUCCCACGCCUCCACCCAGCCCUCGGCGGCGGUUGAAGAAACGACAGCCUGUGCAUUCACCACCCACACUCCCUUAUCUCGGUACGAACGAGCAACGCAGACAUUGCCGGAGCAAUUCUAGCGAAUCCUCGCCUCCUACCUCUCCUCCUACCUCGCCAUGUGGAAGCGAGAAGGUUAAGUUGACGAAAUUUGCGCAGCACAUCCGGAAUACUUCGAGAUACCUUAGUGGGAGAGGUCCUUUUGAUGACGAAUGGGUCUGCAUCGAGAUUACACCCACGAUAACGCAACGUAUUGUUGUCAGCCCUGCUCGGGCGGUGCCUGGGCAUUGAGCAGUGGGACACCCUCAUUUUACUUUCUUACAUUCACUUCUCGCGAAAUUUUCCCACCUAAACCCAAUCGUUCACUUUUGGUUUCGUACUAUGUUGCAUGCGGCCUUUUUCACAUUCCUUUCCCCCACAUCGAAAUAUACCUUCCAGCUAUCUGUCAUGUGUCCUUUGCGAAGGUCACAUCGGUUCAAUCCUUCUAGAACCCCCUUUAAAUUUGCACAGCCUAGUCUAUGCGGUGUCUUUGUAGUUUGACCAGUAACAACAUCAAUGUAUGAAUACUAUGACAAACGAAUGUUUCAAUACUAGCCAUCACAAAACGACAGAGUCCAACUGAUAAGAAGGCAGAAAAACGACAAAUAAUAACUGGAAUUAUAAAACCCGCCAACAUUGGUAAUACAGUAAUAGAAUAUAUGUACAAAAGGUAUUCAAAGCCCCACUAGAACGUCAAUAUAUACUUGAAAGGAUGAGAGGAAUCAUAUGGGAAGUUUUGCAAACGACAGGAGAUGCGUACUGGGAUGAUUAACCACGACUAUACCCGACUCAUCCGGAAAAGCUAGUUCUGUUCCCUAGGGUAGCUCUCCUUGACCCCGCACAAACCGAAAAGGCUCCUUCAUCCAGGGACAGUUACAUCACCGAGCUAGGGGAGGUGUAUGAAAAGGCACGACAUAAAAAGAAAAGUAGCCUGAGCGGAAGACCAAGACUGUUCUCACACUGACUCGGAGGCAGUGUUGAGAUACCGGUUGUGUCCUUGAUGACGGAAGAAAAAAAAACAUAGCAGAUCCUAAGACAGAGACAGCUUGAUAGGGUGUGAACGACGCUUAGGAGGUCAAGGAGAGUGUUGGAAGGACGUCUAUCGCCGAAGGAGACCAAACGCAGAGAGAGAAAAAACAUGACAAGGUUGCACAUUAACUAACACACCCCUGUUACACCACUGAAUUGAUAAAUUUUUCAUGAUG